UUUGCAAUAAAUUCAAGCUCGAGUCUAGUCUAUAUGUUUUAUUGGGUCAGUGGUGUUUCGAAUAUUCCUGUGAUGCCAAUGAAACUCAAUUCAUCAAUAGUUGGCGUUAUCGUCGGAAAAGUCGGUCCCUCGUGUACAACAGUUCAUAGCUAUUUGCAGUCACAAUACAUUGGGCGUGAAACGGUCUACCGGCUCCCGUCAAUCAACUUGUUGACUAAAUUAUCCAGAUUUGUAACCUUCGGGAAUAAACGAGAACCUAUUGAUGAGGCCGAACUCGGGGAAGCCACCGAUUCCUACGAAACAAUAAUAAGCGGCCAAAAGAAAAGCGACAGUUGCAUUGUUUCCAGAGUUGAGUUUAUAGGAACAUCAACCGCAGGUUUCACCAGUUGGAAAACGACCAACAAGCUAAAAUACGAGAACAUCGUGGGCGGGGGGCGUGAGGUGAAGCUUUCGAUUGGGCCCAAAAUACGCUACGUGGGCAUCGGAUCUGGUUUGGGCCUUCCUUAGCCGUGCGGUAAGACGCGCGGCUACAAAGCAAGACCAUGCUGAGGGUGGCUGGGUUCGAUUCCCGGUGCCGGUCUAGGCUAGGUUAAUGCUUAAGAUUGUUGAAUUUCUAACCCCACAAACUAAAAAUUGUUUCAAAAAAAAAUUCUAUAACGAUCUAUAGACAUUUUAAUUCUCAUUUUCUACAUCAUGCCAUGUCAAAUUUCCAUGGUUCUACUUUUCCUCUAAACUUUUCCAGGUGGCAGCACUGAUAAAGGAACCACCCCCAUGGACGUGGCGGCUGUGGCAAUCGUUUCAUGCAAAUCAAUUCAAGACAAAAUUUUCAAAACGACUUAUCUGCUUUUGUAAACAAAGAUUCAAACGACGAUUUGACGAAUCAGAUAGCUCUCCCACGCAAACCAACACAAUCACCAGGAAGCGGAAUCCUAUCAGAUUCGUCAAAUCGUCGUUUGAAUCUUUGUUUACAAAAGCAGAUAAGUCGUUUUGAAAAUGUCUUGAAUUGCAACAAUUCUCGCUUACCUUAUCAAAAGGACCUAAGUAACAUUUUUUUAUGAAUUCAUUUGAAUAGCACAAUCAACAGAAAAACAUGAAAGCCUCCGAUUGCAGUACUCAAAUUAAUUCAUAGAAAAAAUGUUACUUAGGUCCUUUUGAAAAGUUAAGCAAGAAUUGUCGAUUGUUUCAAUACAAUGCACAGUGGUUCCCCCAUAGGUCAUAAAUCCAAAAACAUGACUUUAUCGAAAUUCAACAAGUUAUCCCUAAACUGCUACUUUAUGGCAUACUAUAUAAGAUGCAAUCAUCAUUUUUGUAGAAAUUGGGCUAAUAUGACCUGUAUAAGGCUUCAAAUUUAAGAUAAUCCAGUUAAAUAAACUAUACGUGAAA